AAACAACCUAACCCACCUUCGAGACCCUCUAUUCUUCUAUUUAACAUAGUAAAUUCCGCCUUAUUACAACCUACAUCAGGGUACAGGAUACACGACAACGGAAUCGUCAAACAAUUAUCAUCGUCACCCUGCUAUCUCAUCCCAAAAUCAUUAGACGCAAAUCGUGAGCUGGUUAUCGCGGCUGGGGUAACUCAGCCGCCUUUGGGGGUCUAUUGUAUCGUAUUUAAUACUCUGAUUAUUGUAUUGUAUCGCCCGCCUGUUCGAGUAGGAAUCCUGCGAGUUUCGUAUCGCCAUCCCUUGCCGAGUCGUCAUCAUGUCUACAAACCCUCCACCAAGCGCCCAUAUCAACGAAGAUAUCCCUCAGAAUGAAGGAUCAAAACUGAAGACCUUCAUCUCCAUUUUACGAAAAUUCAUAGGUGUCGCAGAUCUCGCGGCCGUCCGUUUCUCUCUUCCAUCCCAGCUCCUCGAACCGACUCCCAACCUAGAAUAUUGGAAUUAUCUUGACAAUCCUAGCGCAUUUGCCGCGAUAGGCACUUCAGACGAACCCCUAGAUCGUAUGCUCGAGGUCCUGCGUUUCUGGUUUACCAAGGAUCUAAAAUAUGUCAAGGGGAAGCCGUGCAAGCCCUAUAACUCGUGCUUAGGAGAAUUCUUCAGGUGUAACUGGGAAGCUGAGGACAAUGCACCGCGAAUAGAUACCAAGAAUUUGUCGGCUUCUAGCAGUGGUAAUGCCAGUAGCUCGUCCUCCGUCAAGUCGAGUAAGAAUAACGGCGGUGACCCGAAAGGAGCAUCGACUGUAUCUGUCUUACAGACAGCCGCAACCCCUACUGGCCCCACCGUUAGGAUAUCAUACUUAACCGAACAAACAUCUCACCACCCUCCCGUCAGUGCCUUCUACGUCAGCUGUCCCGAAAAGGGGCUGCACGCGAGGGGGUUUGACCAGAUUAGUGCUAAAUUCACUGGUACCGCUAUUAAAGUGUCCCCGGGAGAGCACAAUCUCGGAAUUUUCAUCACCCUUGAGAAAAGGGAUAACGAGACGUACCAGCUGAAACAUCCUGCCGCACAUCUAGGUGGAAUUCUUCGUGGUGCUCUGAGCGUCAGCGUCGGCGACACUGCUUAUGUUACCUGCCCCAAGACGAAAUUAAAAGCGAUCCUACAUUACAUCGAGGAUGGCUGGCUUGGCCGAGCUCAAAAUAAGGUUGAAGGGGUGAUUUUUAAGUAUGACCCAGAGAAGGAUGACAAAAUUCGCAUCAAGGAUGUGCCUGAUUCAGAUGUUGUGGCAAGGCUCGGUGGUGCAUGGAAAGAUAGAGUCGUGUUCACUCUAGGUCCGAAACCAGUCGAUUCUCACCCACCAGAAAAGCAAAUCACUAUAAUUGACCUUAAUCCUCUUACUGUGGCUCCCAAGGCGAUACCGCCGAAGGAGAAGCAAGCAGAAAACGAGUCCUUGACCCUGUGGGAUGGUGUCACCCAGGCUAUAUUAUCGAAGCAAUUCUCAAAGGCCACUAACGUCAAGAUAGAGCUCGAAGAAAAACAACGACAGAAGGCCAGAGAACGCGAGCAAAAGAACGAAACCUGGAAACCCGUGUUCUUCGACCAAGUCACCGACAAGCGAGGUACUCCGGACCUUACAGAAAAAGGCCGCCAGGUACUCGACAGAGCACAAAGGGGUGAUUGGAAUUUAGAGGGCAUCAUUUAGAACGGGGAUCAGCAAGUCUACGCUCGAUUCGUCAUUGUCCAGGUCUAGCAACAC